AUGUUCGCCAAAGCUCUCACUGUCUUUGUUCUCCUCACCGCUGUCACGGCAAAGCUUCACGACAACUGUGCCUGCCACAAUGGUGAUGCCUACAACUUCCGUAUGACCAUUGAUGCAUGCAAGGUGUACAAUGACGCAGGCUACAAGUGGGGUGGUGCCGCCUAUGAUACCCCAUCCGGCCGAUGCGUUCAAGCAGAUGCUGAGGCUAAGCUCGCUGGUGACCAGUGGGAGGAUGCGUGCAAAGAAAUCGCUUCCAAGGGCUUCCCCUGCGCUGAUGGAAAGGGAACUUGCUAUGCCGACCCCAAGGAUGUCCGUGGCCGUUGUUAA